AUGGCGACUUUCAGAGACUGGGUGCGCACCGAGUCACUCGACAGCCAUGGUACCAUCGAUCAAUUCCAGGGUGCAGCAAUAGCCAUAGACGGCGAUGAAUAUCUGGAUACAUUGCUAACGAACAACCUGACACGCGAGCCUCUCCUGCCAGCGCUUGGCGGGCUCCCAUUCGCGCUCGAUAAGCAUGUCAAAGAUGAUUUGAACAAUUUCGCCGCCAAUGACAUCACUCCCAUCUUUGUUUUCAACGGCCUCCAGUUGGCCAGCAGGGACAAGGCUAUCGUGAUGCGAGAAGCAAGAAAGGCUGCCAAGGAUCUCGAUGAAGCAUGGAGCAUCUACGACCAAGGCCGCGGCGAAGAAGCUGUGAAUGCGUUCGGUAAAGCUUGCAAUUACAAAACUGCGCACAUUGUCAGGUGGCUGCAAUUACAUCUCUACGGCCGUGGAGUUCAUGUACAGAUAGCGCCAUACACCGCCGCGGCCCAGCUUGUGUACCUUGUCGAGACUCGCAUGGUAGAUGGCAUUUUGGGCUCGGCUAGUGCUCUAGCAUUCGGCGCCGACAAAGUCAUCACGUCCAUCUCAUGGGAGAACAAAACCGUCUCAUGGGUGGAAUCGAAACUUUGUCAAGGCAAGCUUAUGUUCACUCUUGACGGCUUCAUAGACACCAUGCUACUCUCGGGCUGUCUUCCCCAUCUGCUGCCUUCGUUCCCGGAGAUAGAGGUCGAACCAAACCAAAUCCAAGCUGCGAGGCCGUUCAUCGCCCGUGCGAACGGCGAUGUCCACUCCCUACUUCAGCAGAAGGAUGAAGAAUACUGCGCUGCUUAUCGCAAAGCCAGGUACUUUAUCAAGCAUCCUGUGAUCAUGACCACACAAGGCAGAUUUGAAGCCAAAGGAUUGCCCGAGCUAAAGAUGCCGGGCGACUAUCACGAUGUCACCGGCCAUCGUCUUCCGACCGAGGUGAUGUACUAUCUGUCGACUGGUCUUGCUGGGCCACGAGUACUCAAUUGGUCUGUCUCCAAGCAAGUUCUUGAGCUACCACCGCUCGAUGGCGGCAACUCCAACGCCUACAGAGAUCUGGUGCAAAACAAGUUGACAGACAUCCGUCGACGAUCACUAGCUGUCAUUUGUGGACAACUACAUCGUCACUAUCAAUUCACUGCGCUGGAAGUCAGCUACUGGUUUAACGAAGAGACGAACAGGAUUUCGCUUAAGGACGAGGUUCAGGUGUCGCCCCCAGCGCAGAGCACAUUCCAUGUGAAGGACCAGACGCUGUCUGAUGACAUGACUACGCAUCCCUUGACCACCGCCUUCGGCAUGCUAUCAGAUGCAGGAACUGCAAAGUCUACAGUCACAAAACGACCCGCACAUUCGAGCGGCAUAUUGUCGUCGACGAAGGAGUUGGUGGGGAACACCGUCUUCCGCUUCCUACAGGAUACGAAGUACGCCAACGCGGAUCACACACUCACACCCUGGGGCCGAGCACUCAAUGUUGCGCUACAAGAGGCCAGCAAGAACGGUCUACUCGACUUGUGUGUUACAGGAACUGAGGCUGAGGAAGCAAUCUUCAUGGCUUUUGAGCUGCUUCGUAUGCGAGUACUGCACAACCAGAACCUGUUCCCAACGCCACAGUUUUCCGGCCAACCUCUGCGUGGCACCGAAUCGGACAAGCAAAACACGCUACUCAUCAGCCGCAUUGCGUGCCUGGGUUUCUUCCGACAUCGCCAGAUUGGUUAUACUGGGCCUCUCUCAAGGCAUCUGCUUGCAUACCACCAAAUGGCAGCGUCGGUCCGUGCCAGUCUGCGUGACCUUCUCGAGAUGAACGCUUGUGCGAUGUCGAUCUCUGGUGCUGUUGACCGCAAGACGAUCAAGAAGAGCUCGAUGAAGGAGCUCGCAAGUAAGCUGCCUUUCGUCCAGGAACCUGAUCUCGGCCUGGCCCUCAUCGUGAAGAGCUACCUAGACGAGCAAUCGAACGAGCCUUCUAAGCGACAGGACAUCACUCGAUGGUUCAACUAUGUGCUGGACAUGGAGGGUGAUUUGGAGAAGGCAUGGAAGCUGUGGGCAUGCGUCAAUGCUGGUGUCCAGUCCGCGGAUACUAUUGUCGCCCAGGAGGCAGUCAAGCGUUCGUUCCAGGAUGCUGACGAGUGGCUGCAAAAGAAACGUGCAACGACCAAUGGCACCGCCUGA